UCAUAUUUAUUAAUUCAUAUGUAAAGGACGUCAGAAUAUGCAUGAAAUGAUUAUCCGUGAGAACACGCCCCAGGAUUUGCCUCCCGAUGUGGUCAGAUCCAAUUCUCGAGUUGAGGAUCAGUUCGACAAUUUGAGCGUUGAUUUAGCGAUCAUUCGGAACCGAUUCGAGUUUGGAUCCGAAGACAAUCACAACCACAACAACCACUCAUCCAAUAUCGAUAAGACCACUCUUCAGAGGUCUGACAGUAUUCACGUUCGGCUCCAGAAAUAUCAGAGCGCAGUGUCGGGUGAGAAAGAGAUGACUGAUUCAGACACUGACGGACCCAACAGUGAGCCCGAAGAGGAGCUCAAAUCAGGCGAGAAAGUGGUAUUCAGUGAUCUGUCGUCGUUGAAGAGCCAAUGGGAGACCGCUUCCAGUAAUGGCAGCAAAGACGAGGCCGAAGCCACUCGUGACGAGUUGGAAGAGUUGCGAAAGAAGUUGAGUUUAGGUCGAUCUGAAUCGCUGAAGGAGUCCUACGAGAGAGCGGUGAAGGAGUCCAACACCGAGAGUGCGGCGAAUCGAUCCGAUGCUUACGUUUUUGACACUUCCGUCAAAACCGUUUCCAUUAAAGAGAAGUUUGAAAAAGGAUUUCCUGAAAACGAAACCGAAAAUCAAAGGAUUGAGAGACAGAAGAGGGAAAGAGAGGAUGAGAUUCAAGUUCUCGCCGACAGUGAGAGCGCCUCCAAAGAGGCCCGAAAUAUGUUCAAACAAAUCGACGUUUCGGUGACAACGGCGCCGACCGCUCAACUCAACGGACACUCAAACCAUACAAACGGUUUGAGCAAAAAGUUAACGAACGGAGAUGUCGUCAAAAGUGGUGAAUCCAAUGGCGAAGACUUGAGCAUAGAUUCGGCUCAACUUCUGGAGAGGUUUUCCUACUUUGAGAAUCUGCCCAAAGAAGUGCCUAAAGAGCCUCAAAGACAUCAAAUAACUCCGCCAAGAGAUGUGACUCAAGUCUAUGAGAACACGAUUGCAGACAAUCAGAACCCGAAUGUCAUCCGAUCUUCGGAUGCGAUUGAAGACAUCCCAAAAGUAGACACAACGAAGAAAAUGCUCGACAAGUUUAAAGCACUUGAAAGUCAAACCGAUAGCCAAUCCAAUGCUCCCAAACCUCUCAAACGUAUAACUCCUCCGAGAGAUUAUAACGGAGAGAAUGAACACAAACCGAGAGAGACAUCACCGGAAAGGGAUCCAAAUAUAAUUAAAUCGAGUCUCAAGAAUGAGGAGAACAUUGAAGUGGAGCCGGAAAAGGCUCGCAAUUUGAAGGCCAAGUUUGAGAACUGGUCGGCAGAAGUGGAUCGCGAGAACAAGAAGAACAAUGGAUACGAUGACGAGGAAGAGUUUAUUCCACACAUCGAUACGACCAAAAACCUGAGGGCAAAGUUCGAAGCCAUCAAAGACGAGAGCAAACCCAUCGACAAGCCUAAGAUCCGAGUCAAUCGAUUUGUGUGCGAGACCAGUGAUAACCCGUUGGACGUGUGCUAUGUUUGCCGAACCAAACUCUAUCCGAUGGAGAAAUUAGAGUUCAGUGGUAUUCGUCUCCACAAGAAUUGCUUCCGAUGUAUAAAAUGCAAAUGCAAUCUCAGAUUAGAUAACUUCACGAUUACGGCUGAGAAGCUGUACUGCAUUCCGCACUUCAAGCAAUUGUUUAUGGAAAGAGGCAAUUAUGACGAGGGCUUUGGUCUCGAACAGCAUAAGAACAAGUGGACGAACAAAUGCAUCAAUAAUAAUGACUUGAUUAUCAAUAACAACAACAAUAAUAGUCAUCUCAUUUGCGACGUGAACGCCAACGACGCGCACAUCGAUUAUGCAAAUCAGAGCGUUUCCGACGCUUCUGACGCCUCCGACACUGAAUUAAGUGUUGAUUAAAAACAAAAGAAAGUGUGAAAUAACUGUUAUUUAAUUCAUUAAGAAAUUUAUUUUCGAUAUUUCAUUUGAGCAGUCGUUUGAGUUGUGUUUUUCUCUGCCA